UCAGGCAGCGCCCCCUCCAUGUGUCAAGCUUGCGGUCCACCAGCGAGCGAGCCAAGGCGGCCUUCGUCGUCCUCUUUCUCAAUUUCUACUGACUGAUUUCCCUUUCCGAUAGAAGUUUCCCUUCGGUGCCUUCAUAAGCAUCAGUUCUAGGCGCGCCAUCUUCCGCUCCCGCAUUCGCCGGUCCUGCGGCAAGAAUCGGCAGAACAAUGAGCUGAUCCGGGACUAAUAUGACGUCGAAACGGAUGCUGACGAUAUUCUCGUGAUGCUGAUGAGGAAUCGGUCGUCCUUGUACCUUCCUCCUGUUCCGUCCUUGUGCACGACACAGAUUGAAAUUGAUUGUUCUUGAGAAAUUGGAAGAAUCGAAGGAAUUGUUUUUAAUGAGAGAGUUAAAACAAUUUUCUUAGUAGAAGCUGAGAAUUGAGCUGGUUUCUUUUUAAGGGAAAUGAAAGUGGCGGCAAAGAGUAAGGAAACAUGGACAUUGUGAAUCAGAGAACAAAUGAGCGAUGGAAGUUUGUUGGGAGAGAGAUGAUAUUUAGUUUGCAAGUUUCUCGCCAGAUAAUCCUUUUCUCCUGAAUUUAAUUUCUUUUAACAUUUUACAUGCAAUCUACAUCCUCAAGUCCGAGUUGACUAAAUUUUGUGUAAUUAUUGGCCAUUUUUGCCUUUCACUGCAUUCAGGAGUCCAACCAGUUUUUGAAAAUCUCCAAAGGAUUGCGAAACAGGUGAUCAGUCUUCCUCACUAGAGGAUGGUCGGUGUAUUUUCUCUAGCCAGGGCGAAAAGAUGAAGCUUCAAGUAAGUAUAUGGGAGGCCAGGGGACUGGCAGCGGCAGAUUCAAGGGGCUUGAGUGAUCCCUUCGUGAAAUUGAAAUUAGGUCCAUCAAGGGCGCGGACGUCCGUGAAGCACAAGGAAUUGAACCCUACCUGGGUAGAGGAAUUUGUUUUUGUUGUCAAUAAUGCAGACGAAGAGCUUAACAUUGAGAUAUGGGACGAGGAUUUUUUCGCUCAUCAUUUUCUUGGUGAAGUUAAAAUUCCUAUCUCUAGUGUCUUGAAUGCUGAGAAACACACACGCCAUCGAGUUUGGUAUCCUCUUCAGAAACGCAGUGGGAGUUCAAACAUCCCUGUCUCUGGCGACAUAUGCAUCGGUUUGUCAAUUUUUGGAAUAGAGCUCAAAUCUUCAGCAAUGUCCCCUGUUGAUGGUCUUCUUUCUAAUCCAAUCAAUCUUUCUGACAUCGCAAAAGGAAGAAAUGGAGAACAAGGAGAAGAAUCAGCACUUUCUCGUACUAGUUCGUUUGGCACAGAUAGUUCAAUAGAGUAUUCUAAUUUUGUUGAUAAGCCAGCUUCGUCGAAGCAGACGCCUCAUUCAGAUAGUAUUUCAGAAACAAAUACAGACGAUGACCAAGUUGGGGAGUUAGGGGGAAAAUGGGUUAGAGGACGAUCUAGUAGAAGAAAUCGCAAAUGGAAAGAUGCACAACGUCUGGCUAACAAAAUUUCAACUAUAUUUAAGAAACCUGGAAAACAUUCUAGGGAUAAUUCUCCAUCACACUCAGGAUCCUCACAGCAUUCGAACAUGUCCAUGGAGUCUUCGGUGUAUUCCAUUGAAAGUGCAUCAAACACCGAUAAUGAGGAUGCUAUUGCGCCAUCCUUCUUUGAUAAUGACAACGAGGAUAAGUUAAGUCCAUCGUCGGUAGAGAUUCCCCUGCCAUUGUCAGGUGGAGUGCUUUUGGAUCAAACUUAUGGCGUUAGUUCAAAAGCAUUGAAUGCAAUCCUUUUCAAGCCUGGAUCAACAUUUGUGCGAGACUUGGUGGAAGCUCAGAAGUCUACUGAGUAUAUGGAAGAGCCUUGGAGGAAAGCUGGCAAUGGAUUAAUGAAAAGAGUUACUUCCUAUAUAAAAGCUGCAUCGAAACUGGUGAAAGCACUCAAGGCAACAGAAGUGCAGACAUAUACUCGAGCUGAUGAGAUGUGUUAUUGCGUUUUAUCCACAUGUGCUACACCAGAUGCUCCUUACGGGGGAACCUUUGUAGUCGAGGUGCAGAUAACUAUCUCGUCACGGCCAGAUUUUCUUGGUGGUAUGAAAUGUUGUCACCUUCAAAUAUCCUACAACGUUAAUUUCUUACAAAAGUCAAUGAUGAAGGGCAUGAUUGAAGGAGGUGUCCGAACGGGCAUCAAAGAAACUUAUGCAAUUUACCAAGAUGUUCUUGCCAAACAUGUGCAACGAGUUUCAGUUGCAGAUGCUCAAGGAUAUGCUUUGUUGGGGACUUCCACGGAUGAUGAGGAGAAACCCAUCAGUGCUUGGGAGGAAGCUUGGGACUAUUUCGGAAAAUGGCAUGUGUUAUUUGCUGUGAUUUCUUUGACAUUUAUCUUGGUUCACAUUGGCCUGUCUCCACGUAAAAGUAGGACUGGACUAGAUUUUUGGGGAGUUCGCUUCCCUUCUUCAUUCACAGAAUUAAUAUCUGCUGCAAUUGUUGCCAUUCAAGUGGAGCGAGUUGCCAUCAAGAUAUUUAAUUACGUGAGAGUGCGAUACUGGCAGUCUGGUGAUCAUGGGACGAAGGCAAGAGGCGAUGGCUGGUAUACAACUGUUUUUCUCAUAGAAGGAGAGAAUAUUGUUCCCAAAGAUUCUGGUAUUGCAAACCCUUUUGUUGCGUUUACCUGCAACGGGAAGAGUCGAACGAGCUCUGUGAAGUUGCGAACUUCUCAGCCAAAUUGGCGAGAAAUGUUUGAGUUUGAUGCAACCGAAGAUCCCCCCUCAACUAUGGACAUCGAGGUUUUCGAUUACGAUGGUCCGUUCUCUGAGCCGGAAAUACUUGGACACGCUGAGAUAAACUUUUUAAGGAAGAGUAUAGGCGAUCUGUCUGAUUUCUGGAUUCCGCUGGAUGGGAAGACUGCCCGGGCCAAUGGAUCGAAGUUGCACUUGCGUGUCUUUCUUAGCAAUACCGGCGAUUGUAACGCUUUACCCAAUUACCUUGAACGAGUUGAGCGAGAAGUAGGACUUAAGGUGGGCAAGAGAUCAUCGCACCGGAACGAAACGUUUCAAAACUUGUUUUCAUUACCACCUGAGGAGUUCCUCUACAAUGACUUUGCUUGUGCUGCCAAACGAAGAAUCUUGAUACAGGGGCGCUUGUUCUUGUCUGUACGUUUACUGGGGUUUUACUCCAACUUAUUUGGUCACAAGACCAAGUUCACCAUCCUCUGGGAGGACAUUGAAGAAAUAAAGGAAAUUUCGCAAUCCCUCAACCCAUCUAUUGUCAUUUUCCUAAGAAAGGGACGGGGUUUUGACGCCCGGCAUGGUGCGAGAAGUAUUGAUGGGAUGGGUCGUUUAAAGUUCAUAUUCUUGUCUUUUUUACGCUCAGGCUCUGCCUUUAAAACCAUAGUUGCAUUAUGGAAAAAUAGGAAUUUGAGCCCCGAGCAAAGAAUGGACAUAGUUGCGAGUGUUGUGGACGGAGACAUGAGGUAUGCUGUUGCUGAGCGGCAGGCGGAUGAUAGUCAACCCUUUCUUGGCUUUGAGCAGACUAUCAUGCCCGAGGUCUUGGUCAUCGAGAUCCCCAUCACUGCCGAAUCUGUUCUCGCAGCAGUAAAUAAUACCAAGGUUGAUCUAUCUAUAAGCGAAAAGUUGGGGCUCGCUGAAUAUAGGGCUACUCCUUGGGACCAUGUUGAGGAAACGAUCGGUGCUCAUCAACGUGAGCUCAGCUACAAGUUGAACCGUCAGAUUAGUCAAUUCGGUAGCAGAGUGUCCUGCAAUCAACAACAGGUGGUUACUGACGAUUUAAAGAAAUUAGUGAUUAAAGAAGUGCUCAGAUAUCACGAUAUGCCGUUUGGAGAUCAUUUUGAGGUACAUGUAAAGCGGGAAUUAGAAACUCUGUCAACGAAUCCGGUGAACACUCAAGUUAAGGCUUUUGUAGGGGUCGUUUGGCAUAAGAGUACUGAGGCACAGAAGAAAAUCACGAAAAACAUUUACGAGCACAUGGCAUGGCAGAUACAAGAGCUUAUAGACAUCACUGUGGCAGAAGUUUUUGAGCGCAGUGGCACCGUUGAUGGCACCAAAGUUGCUGAUGAAUUUCUCUUAAAAUGAAACUCAUACGCCAACUCUUAUCUAUCAGUAUAGCUUUGAAUUUUCAAGCUUACUGGUGGAAUUCAAACUAGUUAUCACUGGAUGUAGAAGAUAUCCGAUUUCCUAGACUGAAGAAAAGAUACUCCUGUAGAUAGAAAUAGAAAGCACAGAAAAGACAACUAGGAUAACACAAGUAUUCUAGAUGAAACAAAUUAACUAGUGUAAUUUUUAAGUGCAUACACCUCCAAAUGAGCUAGGUCUUCUAGGAAAUCAACCCGCUGUACGAUGACCUAUCCACCGAUCGGAUGACUUGUAAAAUAGAGCAGAGCAGAUUGAGAUCACGUUCACUUCUUCCCAGACGGUUUCAGGGGAUUUAAGAAAAACCCAUUCUAGAAGAUGAGAUCGAGACGUAUUUACAGAGUGCAUACGUUUCACCCCGCACACUCAUCAAAAAAAGAUGAGUUUUGCCCUUCGACGGAGAUUUUAUUCCAUUGGUACACUGCAUGUUUUGUGUUGAGGGAGGUGAUCAUUGUGAAAUGCAGAUCUAAGAGGUUGAAGUUGAAGCUAGGAAUUUGGGUGGUGAAGGAAGAGAGCGCAAGCAAGUGGUGAACAGCAAGAUGAUGUAUACCAGGUACUGCUGAGUAUAAAGAGUGCGGUUGAAUGUCAA